AUGUAUGAGAGCUGGUACCAACAUAUCAGUUACAUCUUCAGUCUGCGAGAUGCUAACCAGGUCAUCCCAUUGAACAUGGUUGAAGAUGCUGUUGAUGACAUGUACUUUGGCUGCAACGAAACAAUGACGGAAAUGAUCAAAGGCAAAUACUUCAAAAGUGAAAUGAAAAAUAGCCAAUUUGCAAAUGUCUGGAAAAAAGCAGAACGUUGUGCAAACAAGAAACUAGAACCAAUCGAUAAAGGGGAGGAGGCUCUAACUAAGGAGCAUAAGCAAGCAAUCUGUGUUUAUACAUCUGAUGAUCAAAAGUUUUAUCGUAUAUUCAACGAAGCAGUCCGGACCAACAGAACAAAUUAUGGAAAAUCCUUUGCAUUCCACUCCUUACAUUUCUGGCUAACAUCUGCCGUUCAGAUCCUCAGUAACAACAAAAAAUGUCACACAACUUACCGCAGAACAAAUCUUGUGCUUUCUGGCAAUGUCAACGAUAUAAUUCGGUUUGGUUUCUUUGCCUCCAGCUCUAAAAGAACAGACCUGAAGAAAUUUGGUAGUAAGACAUGCUUUCAAAUUGAGACCUGUUUUGGUGCUUUUCUGAAAAAAUAUCCAUCCCUUAAAGAUAAAGAGCAAGAGGUCCUCAUCCCCCCCUAUGAAAUGUUCAAGAUAACUAAGAAACUGGAGAACAAAUACAAAUACUAA